CAAAACGGGAGGAAGAGUUCUCGGAAGGCAAAGACAACUUUAAUAGGCAAAAUCAUUCUGCUGCCUUGCAAUGUGCUGCCUGUACAGCUCAGGUUUUCACACUCAGAAGAGUCCUUUUAAUGAAAAAAUACUAGUGGGAAGAAUUUGAGUCUGAAAAACAUGCAAUUGAAGCAAUGGGAACCCAUGGUGGGUUUGCUGUGGAGAGACAAAGCGUGUGCACGAAGAGCUACAGGCUUCUUACAGUGCAUCGGGAGUUAUUGGUCUCUCAAGUGAAGAACAUUCAGUGUGUCCUGGACAAUUUAGUACGCAGUGGCUUCUUUUGCACUGAAGAUGCAGAGAUUAUUCUGCGGUUUUCCACCAAAACUGACCAGGUUCGUAAAAUCCUGGAACUGGUUCAGAGCAAAGGAGAGGAGGUCUGUCAAUAUUUUGUGCACAUUCUUCAUGAGGCCUAUGAUGCCUUCAUAGACCUGAGACCCUGGUUUGAGGAGAUUCAGUACCAGCCACCAGAGCAAAUCCAGAGUAUCCCUGUGAUCAACACAGAUCCCGUGAGCAAGUACUGUGAAAAGCUUCGUCGUGAGCUGGGACAUGACACCAAGUUCAUUAUCUCGUACGCGCAGAGAGAGGAGAUGUUGCUGGAUGAGAUGUACACAGACACUCUCAUGGAGCUGGUGAACGAUCGCAACGAGAGCCAGGGCUACCUGGACAGCCUAGACGAGCUGUUCAGCGACAACGGCGUCUUUAACCAAGAUGCAGAAACCAUCUUAAUCCUUGGGGAUGCUGGCACAGGGAAGUCCAUCUUGCUCCAGAAACUUCAGAACCUGUGGUCCAAAAGGGAGCCAAGCAUUAGGGCCAAGUUCUUCUUCAAAUUCCGCUGCAGGAUGUUCUGCGUCUUCAAAGAGACAGAUGAGAUAUCAUUGAAGGACCUGCUUUUCAAGUACAACUGCUACCCGGACAAGGAUCCAGAGGACGAAGUUUUCAAAUAUAUCCAGCGGUUUCCGGAGAUGGUGCUGUUCACCUUUGAUGGCUAUGAUGAGAUCCACUCUGAUUUUGACCUGAGCAGCAUUCCGGAAGUCUGCUCGCCCGAUGAGAAGACACACCCGCUCUUGCUGCUCAUGAACCUGCUUGGCGGGAAGCUGCUAAAAGGAUCUAAGAAAGUCCUGACAGCAAGGACAGGCACUGAGAUCCAGAACAAGGUGGUCAGGAAGAAACUCAUCCUGAAGGGAUUUUCCCCAGAAAGCUUGCGGAAAUACACCACCAUGCACUUCAAAGAAAGGACUUACCAGACCUUGGUGCUAAACCAGCUGGAGGCAAACCCUCAUCUAUGCAGCCUGUGUUCCAUCCCCUUGUUUUGCUGGAUUAUAUUCAAAUGCUUUGAACAUUUCCAGUCAGUUUAUGAGAACUAUCAGUUGUCUGACUUGUACGUCACCAUCACUGAUGUCUUUCUGCUGAUGUCGGAGGUUUUUCUCAGUCGCUUAACCAAUCUCAGCUUGCUCAAGAAGAGCAGCCGAUGCCAGAGUGAGACCUUCAGAUCUGGUAGAGAGAUCUUGAUUGCUUUUGGAAAGCUAGCCCACCAAGGAAUAGAGAAGACAAGCUUUGUCUUCGACCAUGAAGAGAUCACAUCUUUGCACAUUGCAGAGAAGGAGAUGCGCCUUGGGUUCCUCAGACCCAUUGGUCAUUACGAUGGCUGUGGAAACCCCACCACCUUUGAGUUUGUCCAUGUGACCCUCCAGUCCUUCUUCACUGCAUUUUCCCUGGUGGUGGAUGAAGAUGUCGGCUGCAAGGAUAUCUUGAAAUUCUUUGCAGAGUGUGAGUAUCGCAAAGCAAGGCACUUCCCUAGAUUUCCCAUGAUGUCUUGUAUUCACCCUUCCAAACCGCGGGACAAAGACCCCUUCAGGAACAACGAGCACUUUCAGUUCACCAACCUCUUCCUGUGUGGACUGCUGUCCAGGGCCAAGGUUAGUCUGCUUGAGCACCUGGUGUCACCCAAGAUGCUGAAGAAGAAGCGUGAAGUCUUGAAGUCCUACCUGUCGGACAGUGUGAAAUCCCACUUGAAAAACUUACCACGGUUCAAGUCUGAGGAGGAGGGGUGCAAAGUUCAUGGGAUGUCCAACUUCAUCUGGAUGUUGAGGUGUGUCUUCGAGACCCAAAGUGAAGAGGUUGGUAAGCUGACUGCUAAAGGAAUCUCUGCCGACUACAUCAAGCUGACCUACUGCAAUGCCUACUCCGCUGACUGCAGCGCAUUCAGCUUUGUCCUGCAACAUUGCAGGAAACCAAUUGGGCUGGAUCUGGACAAUAACAACAUUAAUGACUAUGGGGUAAAACAGCUCCAGCCGUGUCUCAGCAAGCUGUCUGUGGUAAGAUUGUCUGUUAAUCAGAUCACUGACUGUGGAGUAGAAGUCUUAGCAAAGGAACUUGUAAAGACCAAAAUUGUCAAAGUUCUAGGACUUUACAAAAAUCAAAUAACAGAUGCUGGAGCCCAGUGGGUUGCAAAGAUCAUUGAAGAAUGCCCAAGUCUUAGGAUGCUUAAAAUUGGGUGCAACAAAAUUACAAGCAAAGGUGGAAAAUUGCUGGCAUAUGCAAUUCAGAAGAGUAAAACUAUCUUUGACGUGGGAAUGUGGGGUAACACCAUUGGUGAUGAAGGGGCAAUCGCCUUUGCAGAAGCCUUGAGGAAUCACCCCAGUCUAACAAACCUCAGCCUUUCAGCCAAUCUCAUCUCUACAGAGGGAGGAAAAAGUUUAGCUGCUGCAUUGAAAGAGAACAGCUCAGUGAAUAUAUUUUGGCUAGUGCAGAAUCAAUUGAAUGAUGAAGUUGCCAGGUGCUUUGCAGAAACGAUCAAAGUCAACACAGCAUUGACCCACCUGUGGUUAAUCGAUAACAAGGUCACAGUAGAGGGUGCAAAAAUUCUUUCCCAAGCUCUGCUGGAAAACAAAACACUAAAAGAGAUCUGCCUGAAAGGAAACCUUCUGUCUUUGGAAGAAGAGGAGGCUUUUACAAGCGUGAAGCGGCUAUUCUUCAACUGAAGCUUCUACUGCAUGCAGAUAUCUGACACAACUGAACUGCAGAAUGUGUUCGGCAGCUCAGCGGGUUUGGCAAUGAGGAAGAACAAGGAAACAAACUUUUGUACUCUUUGAAGUAACUGAGCACGCCCUGUGAGUACAGCACUGCUGAGCUGCUGUCUGGAUGUGGGCUGGGAUGUAGUACUGAGGUCCCGCCUGCUCUUGAGGUUAAGGGCUUGUGACGCAUUCCUCCAGAAGAAUUGCUCCAGCUCUCCAGCUAGAGCAGUGGUGGCCAAUACGUGGAUCUCGGGGCAAGUUAUGAACAAGCAUCAGCACAUAAGCAUAGCAUAGUUUUAACAGGGUUGAUUGCAUAUUUAAAGGUGGGGUACAAUGAUUUUUCAUUCUUUUAAGAAUUCACUUGUAUAGUACUGUUGGUAGGUCACUAAAAGUAUGUGUGUGGUUUUAAUGUAUAGGUUUUAACGUUGAGUGUAUAAGAAACAACUCUGAAGUUGACAACUCUGUGAAAAGCUGCAGCUAAUUUAUGCGUGAUGUCACACCAGGACAAGUUCGCCAUCUCUCCCGCUGCUUUCCUGCAUUACCACUCGCCAAAACACAACGCACCCAGGGGAGAGAUACCAUGGUAAAUAGGUGUGUAAUAUAUGGUUGCUCCAACACAGCAGGGCCAUUGGUCUCCACGAGUUUCCUAAAGAGCCGGUAUGAUGCCGGAAAUGGGUUCAUGAGGAGGACCAGGGAUUGGGAUGCUAAACCCAACAGCAGCUGCAAUAAUAAUAUAUUUAUUAAUAUUUUCCCCAUCCGACCUGCGGAAAUGUCUUGGGCUACUUUAUGAUGAUGAUGUCGGCUGUAUCAGAUUCUAAUAGGCUACAAGUUAAGAAUAAAGUAUUAUUUACUGUGUAUGUAAUUAUAUUGAUUUGUUCGGAGAAAGUUGUGCAGUAAGUCCAAAAAAGAAGACCUCUGGUUCUCGUGUUUUCAUAAGGAAUUACUGUACUUGUUUUGAUGUUAAAAUGAGGCUGGUCUGGUGUGUUUUGCUUGGCUUUUAAAAAGCCUACAGUGAAGAAAUGAGACACUGGCUAUUUUGUAAGGAGUUCCUGAGCUGGUUGAAUGCACCUUUUUUUUGUGUGUGUCUCGAUACAAAGAGGGUAGAGUCUAUUCUUUUUUGUUUAUUUGUUUAUGUUUACAGGGUGUCAGCUGACCGAGUGACUAAGAAUCUGUGCAGCAAGGCAUAGCCUACAGAUAGUGAAGGUAUUUGGGGUGUGUGUGUGUGUGACGCUGUGUAAUUGACUGUUGUUAUGUAAAGUCUGGUGUUACCUCAAGUAAAUCCUUUCACUAUUGAACAUCUUAUUUAUAAAAAAAAAAAAAAUGUAACAAUAACUAAAGCAAUCAGUAUACUUCAGGGUCUGUAUCUUGGUUUUACUGUGUGAUCAAUAAACGCAAUUUUCUUUUGCAAUCGACCUCGUUUUGUGUACUUGUUAUCAGUCACUGAUGCUCUGCCUAGUUAAGUACCUGUGAGUUUGAUAAUUUUUAUUAAAAGCAGGUGUGAAAAUACUGCCAAGAAACAAAUUCAAACUGACACCAAAAAAACGUCCUGUGUUAUAACAAACCAUGCAAUAGAGAGAAGUGCAAAUGUUAAAUAGCUUAUUUAUUUAUUUAUUUUUACAUUGUGAAGCCAAUGUAAAUAAAGCACAAGACCAACAUUUCUGAUCUGUUUGAUGUAAGAUGCUAAAAUGUCUGAAUCGGUAACAUCGCUUUCACGUCUGUCCUCCAU